GUUACUGUAACUAAUAGGCCAUGAAAUAAACACUUUUUUUAGUUAUUAGGUUAGUGUUUUUAGAUUAGUAUACAAUCGUUUUAUUUUGUUAUUUUACAUAGUAAUUUAAGUUUUUUAACAGUAAAAUUUUUGUGUUCUUUGUCAAUAAUGCGAGAAAUAGUUCACGUACAAAUUGGGCGAUGCGGAAAUCAAAUAGGAUCCAAGUUUUGGGAGGUCAUCAGUGACGAACAUGGCAUUGACCCAAGUGGUGAAUAUCACGGUGACUCAGAUCUCCAACUACAACGAAUUAAUGUUUACUACAAUGAGGCAGCUUGCCAGAGAUAUGUCCCUCGAGCGAUACUGGUUGAUCUUGAACCAAGCACGAUGGACAGCUUACGUUCUGAGCCGCAUGGGGAGUUAUUUCGCCCUGAUAAUAUUGUGUCCGGCUAUGCUGGAGCAGGCAACAAUUGGGCAAAAGGACAUUUUACAGAAGGGGCUGACCUGCUCGAAACUGUUCUGGACGUUGUAAGGAAAGAAGCGGAAGGAUGCGACUGUCUUCAAGGAUUUCAAAUAGUUCACUCUAUAGGCGGCGGUACAGGUUCGGGAUUAGGAACAUUACUGUUAUCUAACUUAAGAGAAGAAUAUCCUGACAGAAUUAUAGUUCCUUUUACAGUAGUACCUAGUCCAAAAGUUUCAGAUACUGUUGUUGAACCUUAUAAUGCAACUCUUUCUCUAAAUCAGUUAAUAGAAAAUUCGGACCAGACAUUUUGCAUAGACAAUGAAGCGCUGUACGAUAUAUGCUUCAGGACAUUAAAACUACGAACUCCAACAUACGGGGAUCUAAACCACUUAGUGUCAGCGACGAUGUCAGGAGUAACGACUUGCCUUCGCUUUCCCGGGCAACUGAACGCAGAUCUCCGUAAACUUGCAGUCAACAUGGUUCCAUUCCCGCGUUUGCAUUUCUUUAUGCCGGGCUUUGCACCGCUGACAUCGCGUAGUAACCAACAAUAUCGCGCACUCACGGUGCCUGAAUUAACCAAACAAAUGUUCGACGCCAAGAAUAUGAUGGCGGCUUGCGACCCACGCCGUGGUCGGUAUCUUACCGUCGCUGCGGUCUUCCGCGGCCGAAUGUCCAUGAAAGAGGUAGACGAACAAAUUCUUAACGUGCAAAAUAAAAACAAAGAAUUUUUCGUCGAAUGGAUACCAAACAAUGUAAAAACGGCUGUUUGCGACAUUCCCCCAAGAGGUCUUAAGAUGUCUUCUACAUUCAUUGGCAAUACAACUGCUAUUCAAGAAUUAUUCAAAAGAAUUUCAGAGCAAUUUGCAUCUAUGUUUAGUCGUAAAGCUUUUCUACAUUGGUAUUUAGGUGAAGGAAUGGACGAAUCUGAAUUUGCAGAAGCAGAUAAUAAUUUAAGUGAUCUCAUAUCGGAAUACCAACAAUAUCAAGAUGCUACACUCGGUGAUCAAGAAUUUGAAGGUGAAGAAGCAGAAGAGGGCGAAGAAGGAGAUGAAUAAUAAUCGCCGUACCUAUGAAAUUUAAUUUAUUAUUAUGUUUUAAAUUAAAAAGUGUUUCUGAUAA